AUGAUCCAUGAAUCGGAUGUUCCGACGUCAUGCCAUCUCCGCUCCUCGUUUGACUGCCAGUUCACAGUUGAUAUCGCGGCAUUUAGUCUGCAUCAGGAUCGACGCAAUGUCGAGCACCAAAUGCAUCUUCCAUACGCCAGAGAAGCAGCGCAGUUGAAACUGGUCAUCAUCGGUGGCGCCAGAGGGGGAAUGUCAGCAGCGGUUCGAGCACGGCGCCUGAACGAGAAUGCGUCAAUAAUUGUUAUCGAACGAGCCUCCUACAUCAGUUACACGAAUUCCUUUGUCCCCUUCAGCUUAGGCAGUGUCAUUGAAAGGGAUACACUGAUUGCACUCCAAACCCCCGCAGGGCUAAGUGCUCGGUUCAACCUGGACGUGCGGGUUUGUACCGAGCUGGUCAGCAUUUCAAGGGAGCAUCAUUCGAUCACCGUGAGAUGUCGGAAGAAUGAUACCACCUAUGACUUACCGUAUGAUAAGAUGAUCCUCGCGCAAGGCGCUGAUCCUGCCAUUCCCCCUAUUGCAGGUAUAAGCAAAGCCAACGUGUUCGCGUUGCAGACGCUCGCUGAUUUGCAGACAAUCCGAUCCUUUGUGGUGAGAAAUGACUGCCGGGAGGUCGUCGUCCUGGGUGGAGCAUUCGCAGGCCUCAAAGCCGUGGAAAGUCUGUAUAGUUUCGGCCUACGCGUCAGCGUGGCAGAGGCCGGGGACCGCCUCUGCCCGGAAUUCGAUCCGGACUUUGCCAACAUCGUUCAGAAAGAGCUCACAAAGAAAGGGGUCCAGAUCCAUCUCGGGUCGGAGUGUCGAAUGAUCGCAGAGGCAGAUGCCAGCGACCUGUGCUACGUGGAGUUAUGCGAUGGCUCCAGCCUCUCCGCGGACCUAGUCGUCGUGGCCACGGAACCCGAACCUCGAGUCUGGCAUGCUAGGAACGCGGGCCUUGAGGUCCGGAAAGGGAUCGCGGUCAAUGCGUUCAUGCAGACAAGCGAUCCUGACAUCUACGCGGUGGGCAGUGUGGCCGAGGUUAUGAACAGUAUCUCCCACGUGCCGCAGGUGUCAUCCAUGAGCGGACCCUCGAAUCGACAGGGCCACCUCGCAGCGGAUCACAUCUUCAACCGUGCGACGGCGUACCCUGGCACCUGUGGAACCCAUGUCUACCACGUCUUCCACUUGACAGGGGCGAUCACCGGGCUCUCUGUCUCCGAUCUCCAGCGGAUUGGGUACGACCCUCAAUCCGUGACAAUCCACCAGCCGGACCAUGCUGGGUACUUCCCAUCAUCCCAGCAGCUGACGUUAAGAGUGGCCUUUGCACCAGCGAGUGGCGUCUUGCUGGGUGCUCAGAUUGUCGGACAUUCGGGCGUGGACAGUCGCAUGGAUGUGCUCGCGACAGCCAUGCAGGCGGGGAUGACCGUGUUCGACUUGGAGCAUCUCGAACUGUCCCGUAUGCCACAGUACGGCUCAGUCAAAGAUCCAGUCAAUCUGGCCGGCUCGGUGGGAAGUAAUCUCCUACGCGGGGACCUUCAUACAGUCCUUCCCCAAGACCUAAAAGGCCAUCUGCAUGAAUGGCAGAUUAUUGAUGUGCGGUCCGCGGAGCACUUUGCACAGGGCCAUCUACCACUCGCUCGAAACAUUCCUAUCGACUCGCUACGGUCAAGGCUUGAUGAAAUUGAAAAGGAACGCCCGGUCCUGGUCUACUCGAGGGUAGGCUAUCAUGGCUACCUGGUCUACCGAAUCCUAGUGCAGUCGGGCUAUCGGGCCGCGAAUCUUGACGGUGGAUUGAAGUUGUUUACAGACGGUGGAUAUCAGCCAGAAGUGCAUCCAACCUUGGGAUUACAUCACGGAUCCGGCAAAGAAAUCAAAACCUGGGUCCCAGAUGCCCUUCAUUUCAGAAGAGCGAUUCAAAACACGCGGGUCCGGGAUAUGGAAAUUGAGAUCCCCCUCCCCCAACAUCCCAACGACCCCGAUAAACCCGACUUCAGCAUUGUCCAACGCGCCUGGUGGGAAGCAAUCAUCAAGGCGUACGAACACACAGACACAUGCCCCAUGCGCAUGCCCCUCGAGAUGCGCAUCAUGGGCGGCAGUAACGUGCUGAUGGCGCCGCAGCGCGGGAAUCACCUCGGAACAUGCUCCAUCGAGGUCCUGACGCUUCAAUCGGUAACCCCGUAUUGGGAUACAUUUGCGCAGGAGGUCCUGGACAAGUGGAUGGAGUUGAGAGAAUGGAACGGGCAAAGGCUCAACAUUAGGCCCCAUUGGGCUAAAGAAUGGCAACAAUUCAAAGUGGAUGGCAGGCCCUUCCGCGAGUAUCUCAAGACGGAGUGCUAUGGCGACGCUAUCCGCCAAUUUAAUAGUGUACUUGCGAAGAUUGGUCAAAAGCAGGGCUGGCAAAGGCAAGAUCUGAAGAGGAUGUUCUCGAAUGAUCUGUUUGAUGAACUUGUGUUUGAGGAUAUUGAUCUUUAG